GCUGUUCUUGGGAAAUUUUGGUUACGUUUCAGAAAUGUGAGCGAUAAGUGUGUUCGCGGAUUAUUUAACCCGAAACUUUGAGCGUGAGUAUUGGCACAAUGAAGUCGGACGCCCUCUUCCUUGCUAUCGGUGAAUUCGGUAGAUUUCAAGUUCUGACCAUAUUGUUUCUCACAAUGUUAGGCAUCAUUGGUCACUCAGACUUCUUAACUUAUACAUUGUUUUACAACACGCCCGAACAUACGUGUGUGAUACCAAAACAAUAUCUUGAUAACGAGACACGCAGCUUGAUAUCUGCUCAAAAUUCGACUGUUGACCAAGCAUUCCAGUACAAAGGCAAGGAUGACGAUGAGCUUCUUGAUACUUACUGUAACCACUACAUUACGCCAUAUUUACCUCUAGCUGAUGAAUCAGAACCAGAAACAGUCAAGUGUUCUGAGUGGGAGUUCAAUAAAGGUUACCCAUUUGGAAAAACGUUUGUCUCUUCGUUUGAUAUGCUUUGUCAAUAUAAGUUUCGGAAGGCUUUGGGUCAAUCAUUAACAGCAAUUGGGUUUUUAAUUGGUGCUGUAACUUUUGGAUUUCUUUCUGACCGUUACGGGCGUGUGAAUACACUAGCUCUAGCUGCAUUUUUGAAAUGCAUUUGCAAUUGGAUGCUGGUUGCAGCAGAAGGUGCAGAUAUGCUAUGGCUCUUCUAUAUCAGCUAUUGUUGUGUAUGCGCGUGCUCUCAUGGAUUGUACUUGGUGUUUUUUGUGUACAUAAUUGAAAUAACGGGACCAAGAAUGCGCUUGUUUGCUCCUGCUCUUCGGAACCUGUUUGAAGUUGUCGAGGAAGUGUACUGUUUAGGACUUGUAUACGUUUUUAUGGACUGGACCCACUUCGAAAUGACGCUUGGAAUAUGUGGACUGCUGAUGUUACUAGUUCUCAAAUAUUGUUUCGAGUCACCGCUCUGGUUGAUAUCCAAAGGUCUUGAAACACAGGCAGAAUAUGUGCUGCUUAGAAUAGCUGAAAUUAACAAGCGAACGGUUCCGACUGAACAUAUGCGCAAUUUCAUAGCUCAAGCACUUUCCGAAGAGUACAAGAGUUCAUCAGUGCAAUCUAAUGGGUCUUCACAGUCUGCAUCAGCAGCUCAAAGUUGGACUAGAUAUCUGAAUGUAUACUUCAUAAAGUCAAAAGUAUCGGGGAAGUUGGAGGACUUGAGGAUCUUCGUUAAAAGCUACCCGAACAUAUGCAUCAAAGGCAUUCUCUUCGGAAUUAACUGGUGUGUAGUUUCGGCAGGCUUCUACGCAAUCUUUUUCUCCGUUCCUAAUUUAGGAGGAGACAAGUAUUUCAACAUAUUCCUCAUCAGCGUGGUCGACUACCCCAUGUACUUUUUCUGCUACCUCUUCAUGGAGAGAUUUGGCAGGAAGUUUGCCUACUUGUUGUCCAUGGUGGCCGGAGGUAUGACUGGCCUCCUAAUUAUGAUCUUCAGACACAGUGAUAUAGACGGGAUGGUGACGGCGCUGAGUCUAUUCGGCGCAAUGUGUUUCUCGUCCUGUUACACAAUCAUAUACAUCUGGACUUCAGAAGUGUUUCCAACUCCCAUCCGCAAUUCUUCCAUGGGUUUCUGGUGA